CCAAGUUACAUUGACAGACUUCUCUGUCUGCUCCGAGGGAAUGGUCAGCGUCUAAUGCGAGGCUCUUUAACAGCUGGAUCUGUCUAGCAACGUCCCCAAUAUCGUUGUGGAGCGUUUUAAUUUUUCUGGAAACGCGGUGAAAGAUCUUUUCUGUUCGCACUUUCCUUGCAAAGGAAAAGAUGCCUGGGAUCAUGUCAUCCGGCAGCUCAUCGUCGGCCAGCUCCAGCUCCUCUUCUACCCCCUCCACCUCCUCCGCAUCCACCUCCUCCACCUCCUCCACCCGCCCCCCUCUCUGCAAGAACUACGACCUGGAGUAUGACUCCUACCAGCCCUACUUCUACCCGGACGAUUACGGCCCCGAGGCUGAUUUCUACCCACCCAGCGAGGACAUCUGGAAGAAGUUCGAGCUGCUGCCGACCCCUCCGCUGUCGCCCAGCCGGGUGGGCAGGUGCCGGAGCGGGGACGGUGAGGACUGGGUGUCCGAGCUGCUGCUGCUGGACGGGGACGGGGAGGCGGAGGAGACCGGCGGGGGGCUGUGCUGCUGCUGCGGUGGCGCUGGCGGCGGCGGCGGCUCCUCCGGCGGCGGCGUCUCCGGCGGCGGCGGCGGCUCCUCCUCCUCCGGCGGUGGCGGCGUUUCCGCCGGCGGCGGCUCCUCCGGCGGCGGCGGGGGGAUGGGGGGGUUGGGGAUGAUCGGCCCGGGGGCCGGCGGCCGGAAUCACCUGAACGCCAUCAUCCUGCAGGACUGCAUGUGGAGCGGCUUCUCGGCCCGGGAGAAGCUGGAGAAGGUGGUGAGCGAGAAGCUGAACGCGGCUCAGGCUCAGGUCCAGGUCCAGGUCCAGCAGGGCAAGGCUGCAGCUCCGGGCACCGGGGCCGCCGCCGCGGCUGCUGCUCCGGGCUCCUGCUGCCCAGCAGGAGAGACCAGCAGCAGCACCGGUAGCAGCAGCAGCAGAUGCACCGCCCUGGGUGCAGAGGGGAGCAGCAGCAGCAUCAGACACCCCGGCCACAGCGAGCUCCGCAACCCCGCCACCCAGUGCGUGGACCCGGCCGUCGUCUUCCCCUUCCCGCUGAACCAGGAUGCGGCUUCCCGCGGAGGGGCGGCCGCCGACGGCGCCGCGUCGCUCGGCAGCUCCGGCCACGAGACCCCCAGUGACUCUGAGGAGGACGAGGAGGAUGAUGAAGAAGAGGAGGAGGAAGAAGAUGAGGAAGAGGAAGAAGAGGAGGAGGAAGAGGAAGAAAUUGAUGUGGUGACAGUUGAGAAACGGCGAUCGUCAUCCAACAAACACGUGACCACCCUUACUGUGACUGUGCGCCCCCACAACUUGAGCUGCGGAUCGUCGAAGAACCACAAUGCCUCUCUGCUGAAAAGGUGUGCCCCAAUACACCAGCAGCACAACUAUGCUGCACCAUCGCCCUACACAGAGUGUGAUGAGAUGCCGCCUCUGAAGAAAGUGAAAAGCGAGCCAGUGCGCAUCGCCAAGCAAGUGGCGCCUUCUAGAUCCAAGAGCGUGAGCCCCCGUGGAUCUGACUCCGAAGACAAUGAGCGGCGGCGCACUCACAAUAUUCUCGAGCGCCAGCGGCGAAACGACCUGCGCUCCAGCUUUCUUACCUUACGGGACCAAAUACCAGAACUUGUGAAAAACGACAAGGCGGCAAAAGUCAUCAUUCUGAAAAAGGCCACUGAAUAUGUGCGGGCUCUCCAGUCAGAAGAGCAGAAACUUUUGUCGGAAAAAGAGAAAUUGAAAGCCAAGCAACAGCUGCUGGUAAAGAGACUGGAGGAAAUAAGGACUCGCUAGGUUAAGGCUGCCCCAACUGGUUGAAUGCCACUUUUGCACAUUUUAGACGUCAAGAAUGUUUCGGAAUUUUUUUCUGGUUUUCAAUCCAGCCGCAUUUAAACAUGGACAAAAUACCUCUAAAGCCUUAGAGGUACAUAUGUGUGUGAAUGGAGAUCAUUUUUGAGAGGGCUUAAUGAUUGCCUAUUUCAAAACCUAUGUAAAUACCAGUUUAACAAUCGCCUUUUUCAUGUGAUCGUCUGGGUUAAGAAAAAUAAGCCACAGCCUAUGCUGCCGUUUUUUGGACUGGAAUUUUAUACAGAAUAAUACCUCAACGUUUGAGGAGCAUGAAAUUUUCCUAUAAAGACUUCUUGUUAAUCCUUGUUAUGUACUGUACUAAUUCUUACACUGCCUGUAUCCUUAGUGUGAUGCUGAUACAUGACUAAAUUUGAUACCUAUAUUUUCGUAUGAAAAUGAGUUGUGAAAGGUUUGAGUAGAUAUUACUUUAUCACUUUUUUGACUAAAAUUUCUUUUGUACAGAAAUUACUAUAUAUGCCUUUACCUAGCCUCUCUCUGUUUGUGUUGCUGUUGGGUUCAUAGAACUGGGUAAUUGGCUGAGUUAUGUGUUUUUCAUGAUGUACAUAUAGUGCUGCAACUUAUAGCACUUUUGAAAUACCUCAAGUUUAUGAAAAUAAAUCCUAUGAAACUAA